AUGCCGACGUUAUGGGCUCCAUCGUCCCGGUUACUAGGUUUGUUUUAUGAACUCUACCACCCCUUUCGUUGGGUGUGGUCCACUUCGCAGGUGCAGUUACCGUUUUUUACGCCUCGGGUUGACAGUUUCGCUGACCUCGACGCCUACUCGGCUCGAGAUCCCAUCUCCCCGUUCAGACACGUCACGAUCGUAGACCCAGCCUGA